AUGUGGAAGGCCCGCUGUGCUCUGGCUGCAACAAAGCAGCGAGCUAACUCGAGGCAAAAGACCGCCGGUCGGCUGCUGAUAGGUCGACCAAGUAGUCAAAACCAGGGUCGAGCUGUAACCACGUCCAACACCCGCCCACUCACAACUCCCCCACCUCCGCCACCAAAACCAUCAAGUUCUCCUGUUUUCAAAUACGCUCUACUAUUCCUCGUUCUGUCGGGAGCCGGAUACUCAGGAGCAGCGUACUAUGCUCUGCAAGACCCCAAGUUCCGGAAAGUAUGGCUUCAACAGGUUCCCGGCGGCCAGGCGGCCCUUGACCAGUACGCCCAGAUCUUUGACACGAUCGGCAAAACGAGUGUAAAGGACGUGCAGCUGAAGGCGGACGAGACAGUCCGGACCGCCAAGAAGAUCGUGGACGAUGUUCAGAUCACUGCAAAGGAGAAGAUCGACAAGACACUGGGUGUUGUGAAUGCAACAAAGGAGGGUGCAAACGCUACAUACAAAGCCGCUGUCGAUAAGAUCCACGAGACGGAGGAAGUUGCCAAAAAGAAGAUUGAAAACGUCUCCGCAUUCAUUGGAUCCAUCAAGGAGGACGCAGCUGCCAAAGUCGAUUCUGCACAGAGGGCCGUGAAGCAUGCUGAGGAAACCGCCCGGUCAUAUGCCCAUAGCGUGGAGAAGACGCUGUAUGACACCAAGGAGAAGGCGGAGGACACGUAUGACCAGUUGUACAGCAUGAUUACGGGAACUCCUCCGAAAGUGAAGCCGGUCAAGCCGAUAGAAGAAGCCCCCGUGGUGAAGACCUCAACGCUGUCAACCUUACCUCCAGUCAGGGUUGCCAAACCGAAGGUAACAACGGAUGAACCGGCAGUCGUGGCACCAACGAAGCCCGUCGAAGUCCUGGUGGUGCCUGAGUCUGAAAAGACACGUGGAUCCACAGUCAUUGCCAUCCCAUCGAAGAAAGACACCGCACCGGCAAAAACCUCCGUGAAGGACGUAGCAGCACCCGCGAUCGAUGUCGUAUCGGGCGCGGUGACGCCGAUUGUUGAAGAUGCAAAGGCAUCCGCCAAGCAGAUUGCGUCAACCGUCAAAUCGAAAACGGAACCUGUGGUGGACAAAAUCGUGGCGGCUGCGCAUGACGCCCAGGAUAUGGCUAAGGACGUUGCGAAGGACGCGCAGGUGGUUGCGAAGGACGCAAUUGAGGCUGUGAAGGAUGCUGCGAAGCAUGCCAAGGAGGUUGUGCAGGACGCUGCGAAGGAUGGGCAAGUGGCUGCUGGGGAUGCAGCUGACGCUGUGAAGGGGGCUGCGAAGCAUGCAACGGAUGUUGCGAAGGGUGCUGCACAGCACGCAACGGACGCUGCAAAGGGAGCCGCACAGCACGCACAAGUGGCUGCGAAGGAGGCAACGGGCUCUGCGAAGGUCGCUGCACAACAUGCGAAGGAGGCGGUGGCGGACGCCGCAAAGGAUGCGCAACAUAUCGUAGGGGACGCAACGGACUCUCUGAAGGGUGCCGCCACCCACGCGACGGAGGUCGUGAGUGACGCCGCAAAGGACGCAAAGGUCGCUGUCGAGAAGGCAGUGGACAAUGCCAAAGCGACCUUGAAGGCACCCGCUUCGGAAGCGGUUGGGCAAAAAGACGCUGCCACCGCCAAGUCAGCGGUGGAAGGUGUCGUGAAGAAGGGAGCUGACGCUGUCACUGCCGCUGCGGCGGAGUCCUCAAGAGCUUUGAAUAAGUCUGUACAGCAGAUUAAGGACGCCCUUGCGAAUCUCGCCGAUGCGCCCUAUGCCGAAGGCCUCAGCGCGCCCAUUUCGGCGCUUGCGACCACACUCGGCAGUCUGGCGAGCGUCACUGCUGAGGAGGGGCGGGAAGCCGUGAAGGGCGCCCAGCAUCAGUUAGAAGUCCUGGCUGAUAAGCUCACGACUUUGAAGCACGACGAAGCAGAGCACGUCCAAAAAUCCUUGCAAGAGCAAGCCGCCAAGUUCGCCAAGGUGCUGGAGGACCACAUCGAGAUCACGCAGGAGGCUCUGUUCCAGCAAGCCACCGAUUUCGAAAACAGCUUUGGCCGCAUCCUCGAAGACGAGCGGGAACUCCUCAUCAAAAAGCACGACGCAGAACUUGCAGAGAAGCUCGCUGAGCAAUCCGCCGCAUUACAAGCAAACCUCACCGCCGAGCUCAGACGCCAAGCAGACUCACUGGAAAAGCAUUGGACAAAAGAAGUCAAAACCCGCGUCGACGAAGAGCGCGGCGGCCGCCUAGCCCGUCUAGACCAUCUCGCCCUAAAAGUCAAACACCUCGAGAAACUCAGCAUCGAAGCCGGCGAAGCCCUCGAACGCACCCACGCCGUCAACCAGCUCUGGGUCGCUCUCACAGCCGUCAAAGACGCUUUGGAAAACCCGCACCAGACACCACUCGCGAAGGAAAUUUCCCUCCUUCGCAACCUCGGCGAUGCGGAACAGUUGGUCGCGACCGUUAUCGGAAGCAUUCCCGCCGAAGUCGCCCGCACCGGCGUGCCCACCCCCUCCGAGCUGGAACACCGCUUCCAAGCCAAAACAGCCAAAGCGGUCCGCGAGGCUCAGUUCAUGUCCCCGCAAGCCGGCCCACUCUCCCACACCAUUGCCCUCGGGUUGAGUAAACUCACUUUCAAGAAGGAGGGACUCGUCAGCGGGGAUGAUGUCGAGUCCAUCGUUGCACGUGCCGAGUACUACUUGAAGGAGGGAGAUGUGGACAGUGCGGCGAGGGAGGUGAAUCAGUUGAAGGGCUGGCCGAAGGAGGUGGCGAGGGAUUGGUUGGUGGGUGCGAGGCGAUAUUUGGAGGUUAAGCAGGCUAUAGAUAUUGUCGAAACACACCUGAACCUCCUCAGCCUAGGCGCCGUGUAA